AUGGGAAAUGAAUACAAUCGCUUCCACCACCACCACCAUCAUCAUCAUCAACAUCGCAAUCUGCAAAUGCAUCACAGAAGCACAUUCUUACCCAUGUUGUGUUCAAGGCCAUCCAUCAAAGAUGUAAGCCUCCCCAACUGCUCUGCUUCCUUCAAAAAAGACCCUUUGUCCCCAAGAAUCAGCUGCAUGGGCCAAGUCAAGAGAGGCAACAAAGUUAAUGGCUUUCCAACCUCUCACAGGCUCACCAUCACCAAUUCCAGGCAUAACAGCAGCCCCAACAACCACCACAACAACAAUUUCAAGUAUUCAAAGCUCAAAAAACUCUUCUCUAGCAAAAGCCUCACUCCUACCACUACAACAACUAUCACCACAACCACCAAUACCAACACCAGAUGUAGAAGCCAACAAGUGGUUGUGAAUGCUUCAAGUGGGCCCAGGAUCAAUGGUCAAGAUCAUCAUCAUCUUUGUGUUCCAGAUAUUAACAUAGUGGAUUUGGAUCCUCCUCUGCCUGUGAUCAAGAGGGUGCACAAGAAGCCUGAGGCCCAAGAAGAAGAGGUGGGCAGCCUUUGGAAGAGGAGAUCUGGUGGGGCUGCAUUGGAAGGUUUGCAGCUUAAACUAACCCACCAUCCAAGACAUCAAAAUCAACCCACUACUGUCUGA